AUGACACUACUUGAGACAGGCUCUGCCGCCACCUGGCCAAGUCCUGAGGCUGACAGCCGUCCUUCUUGUGCCAGGAGGGAUUCGCUGGAGCUGGUCAAAUCGCCCAGUGCUGGCUCAGGCUCCGCAGCUCGCCCCAUGAAGCCACCAAAGCCGCGGGCCGCUUUGUGUGUACGCCCAAGUUUCGACAAUGGAGAAUGCGUCAGCGCCGGCACACGGAAAGGGAAAGGGCAAGGUGGCCGGCGGUUAGCUGCUUCUGAGCCUGUUUUUGGAUACGUAUGGGGAGACACAAAGGCAGUCAUUGCGGCGAGGUAA